CGAACGCUAGUUUUAAUCAAACCAGAUGCUAUUCAAAACGGCCAUAAAGAUGAAAUCAUCAAAAUUAUUGAAGAAAAUGGAUUCAAAAUCAUUCAGGAACGUGAAAUACAUCUUUCAAAAAAGAAAGCCCGAUCAUUUUACAAAGAGCAUGCUGGAAAAAACUUUUACAAAAAGUUAAUAGAUUGGAUGAACAGUGUACCCAUAUACGCUAUGGUUUUAGAGAAAGAUAAUGCUAUUCAGGAUUGGAAAGAGCUUAUUGGCCCAACCGACGCUAAGAAAGCACGAGAGACCAAGCCUCAUAGUAUCCGUGCUUUGUUUGGCACAGAUGGAUUGCAAAAUGCUGUACAUGGGAGUGAUAGUGAAGAAAGUGUUAAACGGGAGAUCGAAAUACUAUUCGGU